GACAAAUGACGCUCCACGUAUCCUCAUCCUUUUCCCAAGUAUGUUUACCUUGACGCGUUCAUGUUCAAUAUGACAGCAUGAGGCCAAACCGACGAAAUGGCACCUUUGAGCACAUCAACGGACGCUCAUGUGGUUCUCUUCGCUGCCCAGCUGACUUCUGAAGGGGACUCGGAAGAGCUAGGGAAACUUGUCCGCAGCCGGCGCAAUGUCCUGCCCGACGACCUGCUAUAUCGACUUCUACUGUCCUUUUAUCCUGUCGAUACACCUGAACAAGCUGCACUUGUUAAGUUCCUCGACGGUCUUUCCGAAAAUCCUGAGGGAUCCGAAGACCUCCGUGACUUCAAGCUUGAUCCCUCGAUAUCCAACCUUUCGCGCAACGACGCAUUGCAGCGCUGUCGAACGCUAAGACUACAGCGACUUCCCCAGCACAUCGGUCGGAAAACCAGCAGCAGACUUGCAAAUUUCAUAAUCGAAUGGACCAAACGUCUAGAGUCUCUCGCUGGGACAGUCCAACCACUCGCAGAAUUCGUCGAACAUUUCGUCGCACAGGAUCCUGAGUUGCAGCACUGGUAUCAAACCUAUCUCGUUCCCGUCCUCCGACUGCAGUGUGACUUUUACCCGGAUGCGCAGGAUCUUAUUGGCGUGCAAGAGUUGGAGACUUUAUCGGUCGAACGAGGUAUUAAGACCAUACUGCGAUAUUCCGAAAGGACACAUAAUGCCAAGGACAUUGCUAGAGAUCUAGACAACGUCGUAGCGCCCUGGGUACAUGGCGCGACUGGAGCAAAGAGGAGAAAGGUCGAUUCAGCGCAAGACGCUUUGGAGGGGGGAAGGCCCUGGGAGAUCGUCAAUGACUGGCUCAUCACCGAGAGCGUCAGGAACUAUGAGCUUGCAGCAAAGGCAUUUGAUGAGUGGAAUGGUCCUGUCCAAGUACAAGAAUCCUCUGAUGAAGGUGAGCUGGUCGCUCGUUAUGCUCAAACGGGCCUUGCUCUCGUCUACAAUUGUCCACAGAGCACUCGCGAAUCUAUUGCAGUCUCUCAAAGGGUAAUCAGCAAAGCUUGCAACCUGACUGGACUUGAAGCGACAAAACUUUCUUCAUCCUACCCUGACAUCGAUUUACCCAACGAUUUCGAAGUCGAAGAAGCGGACCUAUUUCCCGGUUCGCUAUCUCAUAGUACAAAUCGAUUCACACAAGUCAACGACUCAUCGGUUCAAUUUCUGGUUGGUUUGUUGGGCACCUCUGCCAUUUUAUUGAGUAUAGGACUACCGUCAUCGAUCAGUGAGUUGGCCAGAGUAUGUGCCUUCGGUUCAGAACGGCGCCACAAGGAGGAGCUUGGUCGACUAUUGCAGCAAAUUCCUCGGCUGACUCGCAAGGAAAUCGAUUGGCGUUCUGUGCGCCGGCAGUUACUAUGGUUGAGAUCCUGGUCUGAUAGCCCGGACGCGAGCUCGACAAACCGUCGCGUUGCAUAUCUGGGUCAGCUUUCCGCCGACUACGCAGAAAGGCAGAUCGUCGAUGCCUUUCUUGCCGCUGGUCAAUACGACGCCGUCAAAGAGGUUUACAUUCAUCCCGAGUCUGCACCCUUACCUGUUGCCGAAGUCGAAAGCCGCAUAGUCGCUGCGAUAUACGAAGCAUACGACAACGCAACGAAUGGGAACAGAGAUCGUGGCGGUAUGAAGCGGGCAAGCGAGAUACUACGAGCCUUUAGACCUCAUUUCCCUCAAUCCACCGACCUCGCAGACAUUGACCAUCUAAUCAGAGCCACGCAUAGCCUUUCAUUCUAUCACUUGACCUUACAACAUGGAGUCCCCUUCAAGCCCGUUGCUAUACGAGUGCAGAAGGACCCUUUGACCUUGCUGGAGAAAGUGUUGGAGCAGGACACAAAGGCCUAUACCAAGCUGGAUGACCUUUUGGAAAUCGGCAGGAAUCUGGUUCGUGCCCAUCUUCCUAAUCGAGAUGCAUUAGCAAACGAUCUCGAUCCUCUUGAGCUACGAAUCUCCGAUGCCGACCACAGGAUAACAUAUCAAGCCAUCAUGGCUGCGCUUACGGCGAAUGAUUUCGAUACAGCCUACGCUUAUAUUACGACACGCCUACACACUACACCGAGCCAGAGCCUAUCUACUAAUUCUACUGACGACGUGUCCUGGCGUGCCGCGUAUGCUGCUGGCAGAUAUCGUCCAACUUCUUCGCCCAAGAACCUCAGUUCCCGCAUUGAUAGCUUAGCUCAACGGAUGGAGCUCCUUUCACGAGCCUUGAUGCUGGCACCAUCGGGGGAAGCACUAUCGGGAAUCCUUGCUACGUGGCGCCGAUAUGAAGAAGAGAUGGAGGGUUUGAAGACACAGGCGGUGGAAGAAGAGCGAUCUUUCGAUGCCAAAGCUGAUGCUGCACUGCCGGGAGCAUUUGGACUUGAAGACCGUGAUGCAGACAUGGCUGAAACCAGACGUGCAAUGGCGCGGCGGAAUUUCCCAGCCUCGCGUGCGGGUCCGUCUUACGAAGAGGAAGCACCAAUGGGUCUCUUUGACGUUGCAAGAGGAGCUGCCACAGCUCUACGGAAAACUGCGGCUAUCCCACUUGGCUCAGGAGGCCUGCGAGAUCUGAAGAUAACGGAAGCGGGUUCAGGAGCGGAAUGGGAUGCGACCUCUGCUGCUUCAGCUGAAGGUGGGCGGGUCCGAAAGAGAGAUGUGGUCGCCAACAUGGUCACCAGUGGCCUGGCCAGUGGCAUGGGAUGGGUUCUGGGUGCGCAGCCACGGGAUAGAGUUGAUCAAAGUCCUGAGUACGAAUAAUGAGCUGAUACUGCGCUGCUGAGAUGGAGUGGCACAGAGACGAUCAACUGAGCGCUAGAUGAGCGCAGCUGUAUCGGUCGUGGGAUUGUGCAUGAGAGCAUGACAUACCACCUGCCGCUAAUUUGGCGGUGUCUGGCGUGUUCUACAAUCACUCAAUGCCCUCAAUUUUCC